CAAAAUAUGACCCAAUCAGCAGACGCAAUGUCACUGCAGAUGGUGUCAGCUGUCAGUAAUUCAUCCUUGCUUCAGCCGGGCUGUUCGCUGCUGAAUUUUGAUGGGCACGUCUUCUUUUUUGGGCAGAAAGGAUGGCCGAAGAGAUCCUGUCCCACUGGUGUUUUCUUCCUUGAUAUAAAGCAGAAUGAGCUCAAAAUGAAACCUGUCUUCUUCUCUAAGGAUUCAUGUUACCUUCCCCCUCUCCGCUACCCCGCAAUUUGCACGUUUAGAGGCAGUGAGGAGUCCGAUAAGCACCAGUAUAUCAUUCAUGGUGGGAAAACGCCUAACAAUGAUCUUUCUGAUAAGAUCUACAUUAUGAGUCUAGUAAGCAAAACUAGCAAGAAAACUACUUUUCAAUGUGUUGAGAAAGAUCUGGGUGGGGAUGUCCCUGAAGCUAGAUAUGGACAUACAAUUAAUGUAGUUCAUAGCCGGGGAAAAAGCAUGAGCGUUAUAUUUGGAGGUAGAUCGUAUAUUCCUCUCGCACAAAGAACCACUGAAAAAUGGAACAGCGUGGUUGACUGUUUGCCGUCUGUGUUUCUUGUUGAUUUUGAGUUUGGAUGCUGUACAUCGUAUAUACUUCCGGAGCUCCAAGAUGGACUUUCUUUCCAUGUUUCAGUUGCCAGGAAUGAUACAAUCUACAUUUUGGGAGGCCAUUCACUUCAAAAUAACACCCGGUCCCCCAGCUUAUACAAGCUAAAAGUUGACCUCCCACUAGGCAGCCCAGCUCUGACCUGCAGUGUCUUGCCAGGGGGAAUAUCUGUGUCAAGUGCUAUUGUGACUCAGACCAGUGAUACCGAAUUUGUCCUUGUGGGGGGCUACCAGUCUGACAACCAGAAACGGUUGGUCUGUAACACCAUAGUUUUGGAAGAUAAUAAGAUAGAGAUUGUUGAAAGGGCAAGCCCGGACUGGACACCAGAUAUUAAACACUGCAGGAUGUGGUUUGGCUGUGAUAUGGGCAAAGGGUCUGUAUUGCUGGGCAUUCCAGGGGCCAACAAACAGUUAAUCUCAGAUGCAAACUACUUCUACAUUUUGAGAUGCAAAGGCACAGAAGAGGACGAGGAGGAAGAUCUGACAGCACAAAUUUGCAGUCAGGCAUCUACCGAAGACCAAGGAGACUCCACUCCGUUUGAAGAUUCAGAAGAGUUUUGUUUUAGUGCUGAAGCCAGUAGCUUUGAUGUUGAUGAUAUCGACACUUACAAUGAAGAUGAUGAAGAAGAUGAAUCAGAAACAGGUUACUGGAUCACCUGCUGUGCCAGCUGCAAUAUUGAUAUUAACACUUGGGUGCCUUUCUAUUCAACAGAACUCAACAAGCCUGCAAUGAUCCUGUGUUCCAAUGGGGCUGGCCAUUGGGUCCAUGCACAAUGUAUGGAUCUGUCAGAGAGCAUGCUCCUACAUCUCUCAGAAGCAAAUGUCAAGUAUUUCUGCAACGAGCAUGUUGACCUUAAUAAAGGGCUACAAACUCCCAAAAAGGUGAUGCAUCUGAAAAAGCAACCCAUGAAACCACUGCGCAAAAAGAAAACCAUGAAUUUAACAACACCAGUGAAAAAGUCCUUUCUUCGGAGAUUGUUUGAAUAG